AUGGCGGAAGACCUCUCAGCAAAAUUCGAAGCAUGUCAACUGUCAGAGCAAGAAAGUACCAUUAUCCCUAUCGAAUCAGCGGAUAUAGCACAAAGUGCGGAGGACUGCAAUACGAGCCUCCUGGGGAAAAUAGUGGGACAAAAACGAGCAAGCCUUAUAGGAAUUAAACGUGCUGUUAAUCAAAUGUGGAAAACCAAUGCCCCGGUGAUGGUCAGAGAAAUAAGCCCUAAUUUUUUUCAGUUUCUAUUCUCUGAUAAUCUGGAUAAAAUUAAAGUCCUUAAGGGGCUAAACUGGACUUUUGAAAACCAAAUCCUUAUCCUUAAGGAAUGGGCACUUGAUUUGUCAUCAAACCAUCCUAUCUUCAAUGAUCUGGAAAUUUGGGUACAAGUCUGGAAUUUGCCUUUGAACUGGUUCUCGACAGAUGUUGGGCUAAAGCUGGGGAAAAUAUUUAAGCAGGUUCUAGACGUAAACGUUCCAAGCAGAGGAUUGCUAGCAGGCAAAUGCAUCCGUCUAAAGGUUAUAAUGGAUGCGAUGCAGCCACUCAUACGAUGCGCUAAUCUGCAGAUGGGGGAUAAGAAAAUUCUAGCCCAGUUUAUAUAUGAAAGGCUAACCAAUUUUUGCUUCUACUGUGGGUGA